ACAUUCAACCAAUGGUGAGUAAACGCAAUAGCAUGUUGUUGUCUACCUUCUUUCUUCUCUUGUUGUGUUCUGAGUGAUGAGAGAGUCAGAGGUCAGAGUUCCACAAAUUCUCUUUCUAUCUCUAGCUAUAGGAAUCGAUUUUUUUAGCUUUUUGACACGAAAUUUACCAACAAAACAAACAGUGUCUUGUUACAUCUGAACCCAGUCCAUUUCCAUCUGCACACUAUCACGCCUCAAUUACUUUCAACUCUAGGGUUUUCACUUUCCCUCACGCAACUCAACUCGAACUCAACUCAACUCGAACUCAACUCAACUCAACUCAAUUCAACUCAAUUCAACUCAUGUUACCUAAUUAUUGAUUCUCUUUCUAUCUCUCUCCCUCUCUCUCUUCGAUUGGAUUCGAUUUGAGUUUUUAUUGUUUACAUGGAACAAGCGAAGACGGAAACACCUGCGACCGCGCCCGCGCCGGAGUCGAAGCUAGUUCCUAUGAAGGCUAGUUCCGAUGUUAACAUGACGGAGAGAGACGGUGGUUGUUGUACGCCUAAAUUAGAUGCACCCGUUACCGGCGCCGACGGUGCUGAUUCCAAGAAGAAGCGUGGUCGUCCGGCGAAGGGAAUUCCGAAAACGGCUCCUCCUCCGAAGCAGAAGAAGGACGAUGAGGAUGUUUGUUUUAUAUGCUUCGACGGUGGAAGUCUCGUUCUCUGUGAUCGCCGGGGUUGCCCUAAAGCGUAUCAUCCUGCAUGUGUCAAGCGAGACGAGGCGUUCUUCCGUUCAAAGGCCAAAUGGAAUUGCGGUUGGCAUAUAUGCAGCUCUUGUCAGAAAGCAGCACAUUAUUGGUGCUAUACUUGUACGUAUUCUUUGUGCAAGGGAUGUAUACAAAAUGCCGAUUUUGUUUGUGUAAGAGGAAAUAAAGGUUUGUGUGGAAUAUGCAAGAAAACUAUAAUGCUGAUUGAGAAUAGUGCCCAGGGAAAUAAGGAAAUGUGUGAAGUGGAUUUCGAUGAUAAGAGCAGCUGGGAGUAUCUUUUUAAGGUGUACUGGAUAUAUUUGAAAGAGAAUCUAUCUUUAACAUUUGAUGAGCUCCUUCAAGCUAGAAACCCAUCGAAAGGUGCUGCUCCUAUGGUUCAAACUUCCCAUCAACUUAAUCAUCUUAAAGACAACAAAGGUUCUGGUCCUGAGAACUCCUGUAUAGACAUUGAAUCAAAUAAUGGGAAAGACAAGAAGUCUACGGGGACUUCAGGUGGUGAAACGGGUGUGCCUUUGCCAGAAUGCACAAGAUGGGCAUCAAAGGAGCUUCUAGAGUUUGUCUCACAUAUGAAAAAUGGUGAUACAUCUCUCAUGUCUCAAUUUGAUGUCCAGAAUCUCUUGCUGGAGUAUAUAAAGAAAAACAAUCUGCGUGAUCCUCAACAGAAAUCUCAAAUUGUUUGUGACUCUAGACUAGUAAACUUGUUCGGAAAAGCACGACUUGGCUACAUUGAAAUGCUAAUGCUCCUUGAACCCCACUUUCUUGUAAAAGACAAUACCCGUGCAGAAAAUACUUUUGGAGCAGGGAUUGUUGAUGCCCUUGCUAAUGAAGGGGAGGCCAUUGUUAAACAGUCGAUAUUAGUUAAUGAUAAGAGAUCUACAAUAAGUAAAAAGGCUGAUGUGCUUGUGCCACUAAAUAAUCAAGAUGCAUAUGCUGCAAUAAAUGCUCACAACAUUAACUUGAUCUACUUGCGGCGAAAUCUGAUGGAGAGUCUGACUGAUGAUACCGAAAGGAUUCAUGAGAAGGUUGUUGGUUCUUUUGUGCGGAUAAGAAUCUCUAGUGGUGAUCAGAAGCAAGAUAUGUAUAGGCUUGUCCAAGUUGUAGGUAUAACCAAGGUUGCUGAACCUUACAAAAUUGGCACGAGAAAAACUGAUAUUAAGCUUGAAAUUUUAAACUUAAACCGGAAGGAGGUCAUAUCCAUAGAUGAGAUUUCGAAUCAGGAGUUCUUCGAGGAUGAAUGCAAGCGAUUGCGUCAGAGUAUAAAGUAUGGGCUAUCAAAGAGAUUGACCGUGGGAGAGAUCCUGAACAAAGCAUUGACAUUUCAAGAAAUUAGAGUUAAUGAUUUGCUGGAAGCUGAGAUAUUGCGGCUUAAUAAUCUUCGUGAUAGAGCAAGUGAAAAAGGGCACAGAAAAGAGCUUAAAGAAUGCGUGGAGAAGUUGCAGCUAUUAAAUUCACUGGAAGAACGUCAGCGCAGGCUGCAUGAAAUUCCAGACGUACACUCUGACCCCAAUUUGGAUUCAUUGUAUGAGUCUGAUGAAGAUGCUGGAGAAUCAGAUGACAAUAAGCAAGAUGGCAAAAUACCUAUUUUCUCCAGAAUUUGGGAUGGUGUCUUGAAUGGUGUUGGGGGCAGAACACGAGACUUGACCACUACCAGUGAUCCGAAUGGGAAUAUAUGCUUAGUAAAGGAUCAUAUCAACCCUAAUGAAACUGCUAUUGAUGAUAGCACUAACAUUGUAAUGAAAUCAGAAGUGUCUAGUGUUGCAGUGGACAUUUCAUCUUCACGUCUCUGUACAGGGAUUGAUCAGCCAUUUGAUGAUUUUAUGAAUGAUAAAUCAUGGCAUUAUCAGGAUCCAUCUGGGAAGGUUCAAGGACCUUUUUCUAUGUUGCAGCUGUAUAAGUGGAAUGCAAGUGGACAUUUCCCUCCAGAUCUUAGAAUAUGGCGGAUAGAUGAGAAACAAGGAAACUCUAUAUUGUUAACUGAUGCACUUAAUGGGAAGUGUUCCAAAAAUGUGUCGUUGCAGCCUAACAGUCCAUUGCUCUCUUUAGGAGCCAGUGUUGCAUUGGGUGACAACGAAAGCAAUCAGGAUGGUGAGAGGAAUUCAAUAAGGGAUGCAAUUUCUGCAGACAGCCAAAUCAUUGAACAGAGAAGCGAACUAAAAGUGGAUGAUACUUCUACUCAGUCUAAUGGUAAAGAUGAAUCCGUUAGGAGUAAUGAAUGGCAUGACCAGUCACAUGCAUACCCUUCGCUUCAACCAACUGCCUUUUCUGAGAAAUCGAAUGAGAAUCAUACUAAAAAGUUAAGCGAGGAUCAUGGGAUUGAGAAAAUCUCUGAAGAUGAUGGAAAUCAUGGCUCGAACAGGACUUCUGGUGGUCAGAGUAAUAGUGGUCAGAAUAAUCAGAAGCAAUCAGAUAGUGAAGACAAUUCAGGGCAAUCUUCGGGACAAAAUUUGAGACGCCCUAAUUUAAAUAUUUCUUCAAAUUGCUUGGUUGCCACAUCAGCUCAUGUUUCUGGGACAAGAACAUCACCACAUAAGCUGGGAUUUGAUUUGCAUCUUCCCCCUUCCCCUCCAGCGUGCAAUACAACUACAUGGCAGGCUAUCAUCGGUGAACCUGAUGAUUUUGAUGAAUCAGUUUCAGAUCUUUUGGCAGAAGUGGAGGCAAUGGAGUCGCUUGGUGGCUUGGAAUCUCCCACUUCAAUCAUGAAACGUAGCGAGGAAUUGGCUGAUGGUUCUAAAAAUCUUUGUCUCAGUUUUGCAGAUUUUAGCCCAAUGCUUGAUGCAGGUAAAGGCGAUGCAUUGAGCUCAACAUGUGAUUUACAGUUACCAUCUCAAUCCACAGCAGCAGUGGAGCCAUUACAGCAAGCAGAUGUCCAUCAUCAUCAUCAAAGAAUAUCAGAGGAGCUUUCCUCAAGAAAUUCUAAAGUUGAUGUGGGUACAAAGAACAUUUGUGUUUCAAGUAAUCAAUGGGAGUCGGGCUCGGAAACUUCUCCUAUUUUUCCGUCCGCAGCAACAUUGGGCAUGACUGUAGACACCACUUGGAGACUUGGGUUAGAAAGUACCCACUUGGGAUGGAGUGGAAUGGAUCAACGAAAUGCGAACACGAGUUGGGGAGUAGGACAGACGGCAGUGAAUGAGAACAGAAGCUCAAAUUCAUGCACUUCUGUAGUAACUCCAAGCUUUGGGGAUAGCCAAACAAGAUAUGGCAGUGAUCGGUUUUCUGUGCCCAGAGAUCGGGGUUUUCCUGGUCAUAGUAGGGAGCCAGGUUUAGUUAGAGGCAGAACUGCGUGGAACAGGCAACCAGUAUUUGGUGUUGGUAAUGGAGGCUCAUAUAGACCUCUGCCCAAAGGGCAGCGAAUUUGUAAAUUUUAUGAAAGUGGGUACUGUAAGAAGGGGGCAUCCUGUGCUUACUUGCACCCAUGAUUUUGGAUCUCAUUAGCACCGGUGACAUUUGAUUUUUGUAAUCCGUAACAUAUCUGAAGUUGGCUCUUUCCAAUCGUUGUAAUUUAACCUGGCAGUAUUAGUCAAGUGUCCAUUUUUAUAUGAACGACUCCGGCGUAGUUUACCUGUUAUUUAUGAUUGGUCGUUGUCAUUUUGUUUGCU